UAAGGGUUUUGAGGGGUGCCUUGGGUUGCAAGUAGCCACAUUUCCUUGCGUCUUCAAUCAAUCAGAAUCGAAGGGACCUUGGAGGUCUUCUAGUCCAACCCCGCAGGAGAGCCUAUACCAUUUCAGACAAAUGGCUGCCUAGUGUCUUCUUAAAAACCUCCAGUGAUGAAGCACCCCCAAUUUCUGAAGGGAAGCUAUCUCACUGGUUGAUUGUCCUCACUGUUAGGAAGUUUCUCCUUAGUUCCUUGAUUCGUUUUCCAUUUUGACGUUUCUUGUCUUGCCUUCUGGUGCUUUGGGAAAUAAGUUGACUUUUCCCUCUUCUUUGAGGCAGCCCCUCAAAUACUGGAAGACCUGCUAUCGUGUCCCCUCUCCCUUUCCCAGUCCUUCUUUUCUCUAUAGACUGGCUAUAUGUGUCCUCUUAAAACAGCUUACAAAUCAAAGAUGGUUGCACGUCUUGUGAAAUCGCGCGAUGGGUGUGUGCAGGCUUGGCAGAAGCGGUGAGAAGAUGAUGAUUUGAGCUGGCAGGAGCCUUUCUUUAUCUGAUCUCAACACAUCCAAAGCUGGGCUCCUCUAGGCGUAUUUGAUUGUAUCUCCCAUUUUCCAUCGUAGGCACGUUAGGGCAGGGACGGCAGGGAGGAAAAAAUGGCUGCUGUAGCUGGGUGGAUUUGCAGACAGAGAGAAAAAUGCAGCCCGAGAAAUUUCCUGACAGUUGAGAACAAUUCAUCUGUGGAACAGCUUGCCUCCAGAAGUUAUGGGUGCUCCAAAUUAGAUUUUUUUUUUUUUAAGAAGAGAUUGGACAGACAUUUGUUUAAAAUGGUACAGGCUUUCCUGCCUGAGCAAGGGUUGUUGUUGUUGUUGUUUUUUAGUUUUAUAUACCGCCCUACUCCCGAAGGACUCAGGGCGGUGAACAGGCACAAAAUAAAAUACAUAAAUACAAAAGUUAAAAGAUAUAAUUAAAACCAGAUUAAAUCAUUUAGCCCAAGACAAUUAAAAAAUCCCAAUAAUUUAAAACAAAUUAAAAUUUCGAUGUAAAAAAGAAUUUUAAAACAGGGUUGGACUAGAAGACCUCCAAGGUCCCUUCCAAUUCCGUUGUUCUCCGUUAUCCUAUAACCCCAGAUCAAUUCAUCCAUGGAACGGCUUUGCCUCCAGAAAUUGUAAGCGCUCUUAACACUGGAGGGUUUUUUGUAAAGAAGAGAUUGGACAGGCAUCUGUUUAAAAUGGUAUAGGCUUUCCUGCCUGAGCAGGAGGUCGGAUAGAUGACCUCCAAGGUCCCUUCCAACUCUUUGUUAUUCUGUUAUGCAACUCACUUUGAAACUGGGGGGGGGGUUUGAAAUCAAUGAUGAUACGUUUCACUGAGCAACAAAGCUGCAUUGUUUUCUUGGCAGCGUGGAAGCUGUUUUUCUAGUCCUGAGCAGAUCUGUUUUUAUACGUGCUAAAUGCACCCUAACGAAAAGAUGACAGACAGCAGAGACAGAGGUUGAAACCUGCUGGGCAUCCACGCCCUUAACAAAAGCAGUUGUGUAUUUUACUCGCUUCUCUGCCUGCCUUACAAGGUUGCCCCGGGCUGUGGACGAUUUGACAAGAGUUUAGAAAUAGUUCAAAUAAGUACAUUAGUGUUUGUCUGGCGCAGAAAGCAUUCCCUUUUGGGCAAAGCAGUUUUAAGCUCUGGCCGGAAGAUUCCGGAGAACGAGAAACGUCAACAAGGAAAGUAAAAUAAGACACAGCAUGGAGAAAGAGUUGAUUUUAACGCUUGGCUUGUUUUUGUUGGCGUGGCCGCAUUUGGAACACAAUUAAGCACCGGUUGUGUUGGAUGAAGUGAGACGCAGUUACUCCAAAAAAAAGGUACUAUUCCCCUUUGGGAUAGGUUGAUAUGGCUCUCUUUUUUGGCUGUAAGGAAGCAAAAAAAGACCAAAUGAAAUGAAAUACUGAACAAUCAACUGCAGGAGCUUUGGGAAUGUCCAUCUGCGGCAGAAAAAACAGCUCGUCCCCUCGAAUUUGCGGCUUCGUUUUCGUCUUUACGUUGUUCCUUGUGUCAUAUUAUUGGAAGAAAAGCUGGGAUCCGUUGAACGAAAAUGCUAAGGAAGGGAAACGCCCUGGCAGGUUUUGCAAAGGCCGGCUCGCCGACGGUGCAAUCACCCCACUCCAGGAUAAACACAGUUUUAUCAUCACCCCUUAUUUUGACAAGCGACAGGAAAAUCUCGUCCGGGUCCUGAGCAUUAUCCACCAUCAAAAAGUCAGCAAGAUUUACUGCAUCUUUUGCUGCGAGAACAGCCAGAUGAUUGAGGUCGUACAAGGAGAAAUCGAUGUCCACAAAGACCGCUUCGGUUUCCCAUACGGCACUGCAGAUCUGCUUUGUCUUCAGCCAGAAGACUGCCAAGCUCACUUCAUUUCUGUCCAUCCCGAGAAUCCCAACCUGGAAUUGACCCACCUGCCCCUAUUUCCCAUCCGAAACCUCUAUCCGGAGAAGCCCUCUGUGGACUUCACGAUCUGUAUGUCUACCAUGUUUGGGAAAUACGACAAUGUCUUGCAGUUCGUACAGUCCAUGGAGCUGUACAGGCUUCUGGGGGCCCAAAGAGUGACGAUAUACAAGAACAGUUGCAGCCCCCUCAUGGACAAAGUUCUCAACUAUUACAUCUCCCAAGGCAUCGUGGAAAUUAUUCCUUGGCCCAUCGAUUCGUACCUGAACGUUUCGACCCACUGGCAUUACUCCAUGGAAAGGAAAGAUUUGGGCUACUACGGGCAAAUCGCAGCCUUGAACGACUGCGUUUACUACAACAUGUUUAAAAGCAAAUAUCUCUUGCUGAUUGACCCCGAUGAGGUUAUUCUUCCCUUGAAGGAUGCAGACUGGAAGUCCCUAAUGGAAAGAUUAGAAAAGGAACAUCCAGGAGUUGGGAUUUUCCUUUUCGAAAACCAGGUUUUCCGUCGCACCAUGUUCUCCGAGACUCCUUUCAACUUUUCAUCCUGGACAACGGUGCCGGGGUUUAACGUCUUUGAACACAUCCACAAGGAACCUAAAGACGUUCACAGUUUCAAUAACGUGAAAAUGAUUCUGGAUCCAACCAGAGUCAUUCAGACCUCAGUCCAUUCUGUUCUCAAGCUGUAUGGAGGCUCCCUUGAAGUCGCCAAUGAUCUCGCCUUUAAUUUCCACUGCAGGAUCGCCGAACGUACGAACUUACCCGAUAGCACUUUGAUUCGAGACCCAGUCUUCUGGAGAUACAACAAAACUUUGAUCCCCAGAGUGAAUGAUGUCUUAUUUAAAUCUGGGAUUUUAGGAGCCGGUGACUCGGCGCAAAAGCAAAAAAGUUGAAGCCUUAGUAAAUUGCAUCAGUGUGUGUCUGUGCAUGGUUGUGUGUGUGUGUACACUCACAUCUAUGUUGUCAAAUGUGAACAACUAGAUCCAUACAUGAAAAGUGGAUAGGAAUCAUCUCAGUCUUACCCAGGGUAAGGCUAGAUAAGGUUCAAUGGGAAAAUUAGACUUCACCUACUUAUGUCCAUGUAGGGAUUCCAGACUAAUUCCCUGCUUGACUCCUCCCAUCCCCCCUGGCUAGGCCAGUUUCUCUCCAACACACACACAGACAAAUAUGCACAGAAACACAUGCUCCUUAGUUGACUGCAUGAUCUACCUCUCAAUCUUGACACUAUUUCUACUUCAGGAAAAACAAAAUGCUCAUUUUGGGGCAGCACCCUAAUCUUAAACCGCUUUUUUGUGGAAAAGACUGAUGGCUAGUCCUUUGAUGGCAGUCAUUUAAACUUUAAGCGCAGGUUGUCCUCGAUUUAUGACCACAAUUCAGUCCCACGUUUCUGCUGUUCAGUGAAACAUUUGUUAAGUGAGUUUUGCCCCAUUUUAUGACGGUUGUCAAGUGAAUCACAAAGUUGUUAAGUUAGCAACCCGGUUGUUAAGUGAAUCUGGCUUUCCCCAUUGACCUUGCUUGUCUGAAAGUCACAGAAGGGGAUCACAUGACCCUGGGACACAGCAACCGUCAUAAAUAUGAAUCAGUCCCCAAGCAUCGGGAUUUUGAUCCCGUGACCACAAAGGUCAGAAGUGCGAAAAACGGUCAUAAGUCAUUCUUUUUACAAUCCCAUUGUCACUUCGAACAGUCACAAAAUGAAACUGUUGUAAGUCGAGAACUGCCUGUAUUUCACCAUACCUUGGUUGGCGGGUUAGUCUUUCCUGUAAGGUGAGCUCUCAUUCUGUAGCAUUCUCUUUUAUUAUAGGUUCCUUUCAUUUUUAGAAUUUCGCUGCUAUGGUGGAACUUGAUUACGCUCUUUUGGGCGAUCAAUCUCCUUGAAUCAUUGGGACCGAUGUUGAAGAUAUUUAAGCUUAUCAAUCAGGGCAGGGGGUGUCAAACUCGAUUUCAUUGAGGGCCACAUCAGGGUUGUAUUUGAUCUCGGGGGGGGAAGGGGGGCAGUGUGGGCGUGGCCAAGGUGACAUCACUAGUGUCAGGGGUGCCUGCGGUGGCCCAAGUGCUCUACCAGCGAAAAUGGGCUCCCGAGCUCCGUUUUCAGCCGUGACAGCUUCCUGCAACGCCCUGCCAGUGAAAAUGGAGCUCUGUUUUUGCUGGCAGAGGCACUGCGGGCCAGUCCUUUGCUGUUUCCAGGGCAGCCCCGCGGGCCAGAUCUAAGCACCCCGCGGGGCGGAUCCAACCCCCUGGGCCUCGAGUUUGACCCCCCUCCCCCCCCGAAUCAGGGGAAAGAAGACAGGUCUUCUAAUCCAGUAGUCUCCAAUUUUUGCAGUUUGGCGACCUGGCCCAGUGCGAGGUGUUUGUGUGUGUGUGUGAGUGUCAGGCACGCGUGUGCAUGCACACAGCUCCAUUGGUGUGAGCAGCAUCAAAUCGAGCUUCGUGUUUGAGUGGAGAGUGCUUGCGUUUGCGCACAAAGCUCCACUCGCGCGAGCAGUGGGCGCUUGUAUUCGUGCGUGAAGCUCCACUUGUGCAAAUGGAGCUUCGUGCAUAAGACCAAACACCUUCUGCUCAAGUGCCUUAUGUUUGCAAAUGUGCAGCUUCAUGUCUGCGCACUUGUCGGCUAUUCCUGUGAGUGGAGCUUUGCGCACACUUGUUCAUCGCUCGUGUGGUCCGGUUUCAAACAGGCGGCGGCCUGAUGGUGGGAACCCCUGUCCUAAUCAAUGCAGGGGUGAAAUGCUCCCGGUUUGCACCAGAUCGCCCAAUCCGGUAGCGAUGGCGGCGGGUGGUUCGGAGAACCAGUAGCAAAAAUCCCUGCCCCCCCCAUCACACCAUGGCCAGCUGAGCCGCACGAUCAUCAGAGGCUUUUUUUUUUUACUUUUAAAAGCAUUUUUUCUACAACCUCUUCCGAUGAGAAAAUGCUUUUAAAAGUAAAAAAACAAAAAAAGCCUCUGAUGAUCGCGCGGCUCAGCUGGGAUCGUCAGAGGCUUUUCAAAGCAUUUUUUUCUGCAACCUCUUGGCUGAAGAGGUGGUAAAAAAAAAUGCUUUGAAAAGUCUCUGAUGAUCCCAGCUGAGUUGCCUGAUCGGCAGAGGCUUUUCAAAGCAUUAGAAAAAACGCUUUGAAAAGUUUUUUUAAAAAGAAGUUGGCCACGUCCAACCAGUCAUAUUACCCACCACCACCAAGCCACACCCACAGAACCGGUAGUAACUAAUUUUACAUUUCACCCCUGAAUCAAUCUGUAUUUGAUCGAAAAAAAUGGGAAGCCAGAGGGAGAAAUAAAUAAGAAUUAAAACUGUGGGUUCAACCCAGAAUCUGUUUUUUAUCUAUAGAGAAUGGAUGGGUGAUGUCCAUGGCAAUUGCUUAUUAAGUCCUGAGAUAAAAUCCAUUAGCAAGUAUAACCCAGGAUUUAAUGAUAUAAAAAAAUGGAAGGUGGCACUUCUCUUGAAAAAAAAAAAACAAUGUACUCAGGGCAAAAAUUCUGUAAUUCUUUCUUAAGUUGAAAACUUUGCUUUAUUGAAAAUUGGGCUACGAGGGUUAUAUCCUAAUCAUGUUCAUGAACUUCUAUUAAAUGGAUAAAACUCUUUCCAAAGAGUUGUGCUUACAGGAACUUUGAAGGAUAAUAAAUUUACUGAUGCAGACUCUUGAUAA